AUGAAGAUAAAAGUACAGCUUUGGGAUAUUGCAGGUCAAGAACGUUACGCUUUAUUGACAAGAUCCUUCUAUAUGUAUGCUCGUGGUUGCAUCAUCAUGUUUGAUCUGAACAACCCUGACAGUUUCGAAAACGUCCGAAAAUGGAAACAAGUCCUAGAUAAAAACACCGCUGAUGAGGUUUAUGCUCCGAUUCCUUGUUUGUUGGUCGCCAAUAAGCUUGAUUUGCCGCAGAGAGCUGUCACGGACAGCCAGGUUGAGGAAAUGUGCCGCGAACUGUCAUGUGUUCAAUGGACGCCGGUUUCUGUAAAAGAGGGAAUUCAUGUUAACGAGGCGGUAACAUAUCUUCUAGACGUCAUCUUAGGCAGGUCGCCGAGAUCCUACACUCAAAGUGAAUUUGAGAUUAUAGACCAUAUUCAUUUAGCUGAUUUUGUUGAACAACCAAAGAAAAAGACAUGCAAGGCGUGCCAUUAG